UCGAUUAUACCGUUAUUCUACACUUUCACAACAAACUUUACAAAUGAGCAUCCUUAAGGGUGCGCUGGAAAGGCUUCUUGCCGAGGCUCAAUCAUCAAAACAAAAGGAACUUGAACAAGUUUGUUCAACAGCGGUAGAACAACUAUUACAAGAAAUAGACACAGUCACAAAAGAAAAUGCUUCGAUUGAAACAAACUUAAAAGAUAAACAAGACAGAACUGAAAGUUCCACUACUUCGAACUUAAACGGUGGAAUAGUGACUAGUGAAACUAGUGAAAAGGAGGGAAAAACAAAAAGUAGUUCGUCACCGGGGAAAUCAAUUGAAAACGCUUCUCCUAGUGCUAUUUCUAGUGGAAAUGGACGAGUAUCCCUUUCUAGCAGUUUAUUCGCACGUGCUGGAGAAGAUUUACCGAAAAUUAUGGCCGAUAAUUAUUGGCAACCAUUUAGAAUUGCUUGUGGUAACUCAAUGCCAAAUAAUAUAAGAAAUUUAGCAUUAGAUUGCUUACAAAAGGUUAUUGCCCACGGACUUUUCAAAGGAUCAAAUCCAAUCGCACCUCCAAAGAAUGGACAAAUAAAAAAGAAAGAUCAAAAAAUAAAAAAUAAUGGUGGUUUUAGUGAAACAAACAAUAUGUCAUAUAUUGAUAUAUCUACACCUUUUGAUAAUAAAGAGUCAAAUGGAAUCGAAGAAAAUAAUUUAUCUAAUUUCCCUAAUCCUGCCCGAUUAAUUGAUGAUGUUGUCCAUACAGUUUGUAUUGGUUUUAUUGGUCCUCAAACCGACCAAACCGUUCAACUUCAAAUAUUAAAAGUGUUACUUACACUUGUUACUACUGAACAAUGUCCUGUUCAUGGAAUUAGUUUAUUAAAAAUUAUUCAAACUUGUUGCAAUAUCUAUUGUUAUUCAAAAAGUAUGGUAAAUCAGGCAACUGCAAAAGCUGAAUUAACUCAAAUUUCGAAUGCAAUUGUUGCUAGGUGGAAAGAAUUUUCUAUUGAAUUAUCAAAACAAGAAGUUUCAAAAAAUGUUACCACUCAUGGAAUAAUUUCAAAAGCUCAGCAAAUUAAUAAAGUGAUAGAAGGUCCUUUGGAAAAAAAAGGCCUUAAUGAAAAUCAUCCUUCAAAUUCUUCCAUAAAAGAUGAGAAUUAUAGCGUUGAAGCUUUUGAUUCGGAUUCAAUCACAAAUUCAAAAUCAGUAAAUAUAAAUGGUGUGAGCAAAUUAUCCGAGGAAUCGUCAGAAGUCAUCAUAGAUACUAUUACGGAAAAAGAAAUUGUUAAUGAAGAAUCUAACUCACAAGAAAUUAAUAAUGAAAUAAUUGAUGAGAAAAGAGUUAAUGAAAAGGACGAUUCUUCUGAAGAAUUUAAUAAAUUAGAAAAUGAGGAUACAAAAGAAAAUGGAAUUGCUCAGGUUACGCAAUCUGAAUCAUCUAAUGAUGACAAAACACAGAUCGAACCUUUAAAGAGGAGGAGAUCAUCUUUAGCAUCCAAAAAAGAACUCAAAAUCACAAUACCUCCCCUUAAGGCUGGAAAGAAAUUAAGAGAAAUACGUCAUCAAAGAGACGCGUCUCGUAAUGCAUUGAAUGUCUUACGUAAAGACCUUUAUUUAACCUUUAGAUUAUUUUGUCGACUUUCUAUGCGAUCCGAAUCAAAUGAAAAUUCUCAAAAUGAAGAAAUAAAUCUUCGUGGUCGCUCUUUAGUUUUAGAACUAAUUUUAUCUAUGUUGGACAAUUCUGGACCAAUUUUUCACACGGAUGAACUAUUUAUUAAUUUAAUUCGCCAAUCUCUAUGUGUUUCAUUAUCACAGAAUGGAGUAUCAUCUAAUGAACAACUUUUUGAACUUUCUCUUUCCAAUUUUUUAAUGUUAUUACGAUAUUAUCGUGCACCUCUGAAAACAGAAUUAGAGGUAUUGUUUAGUGAAAUUUAUCUAAGGUUCUUAGAUAUGUCAAAUGCGACUUAUCAACAAAAACAUUUAGUAUUACAGGGUCUAAUGAAAAUUUGUCAAAAACCGCAAAUUUUGCUAGAUAUUUAUUUGAAUUACGAUUGUGAUUUUUCAAUGGCUAGCGUGUUCGAACGUAUAGUAACUUCAUUAUCUAAGAUUUCGCAAAUUCGCACAAAAGUUCCAAGUGGAUCGGCAAUGGGUAAUUUAAUGGGUACAAAUUCAUCAAAUUUAGAAUUAAUGGCUUUACAAGAUAAAAUAUUAAAAGUUAAAGGAUUGAGAUGUUUAAUAGCAAUUGUUAAAUCUUUGAUUGAAUGGUGUAAAGAUUUGGAAAGAAAAAAUGGUGUAAAGACUCCACAAACUUCUCGUAAUCCCUCACCUGAUUUUUCAGAAGACAAGACCCCAGUAAUUUUUUCAAAAAAUCCUUUACUUAAUGUAAAUUUUUCUACAUUACAUGCCAAUUCUAGUGGUAGUAGUAUAGGCAUAGAAGAUUAUGAGGAUAAUCCAGCACAAUAUCAAGAAAUAAUGUCGCGUAAACAGACUUUACGUGAAGGUAUUAAAUUGUUCAACACAAAACCACUUAAGGGACUUAAUUUCUUAUUAGGAAAUGGUUUCCUAAAAAAUGAUACCGCUAGCAUAAUAUCUUUCCUUUCUUCAACUCCUGGUCUAAAUAAAGCAGCUAUAGGAGAAUACUUGGGUGAAGGUGACCCAGAAGCAAUCAAAAUUAUGCAUGCCUUUGUGGACCGAUUAGAUUUUACGGGAUUAGGAUUUGUUGACGCCUUGAGAAUAUUUUUACAAACAUUUCGACUUCCUGGCGAAUCUCAGAAAAUUGAUCGAAUUAUGGAAAAGUUUGCUGAUCGUUAUUGUGAAAAUAAUCCAGAUGUCUUCGCAAACGCCGAUACUGCAUAUAUUCUCGCAUAUUCUGUUAUCAUGUUGAAUACCGACCAACAUUCGGCACAAGUUAAAAGACGUAUGGAUAAAUCUGAAUUCAUAAGGAACAAUCGAGGUAUUAAUAAUAAUAAUGAUUUACCUGACGAAUUCCUGGGUAAAAUAUUUGAAGAGAUUGCUAAUAAUGAAAUCGUUAUGGAGGAAGAGCAAAUAUCAGAGGUAGCAAAAACUGCAAUUAGUCAUGCAAAUGAUCGUGAACGUCAAGAAUUAUAUGAAAGAGAAAUUUCGCAAAUGCAAAAGAAAAGUCAGGCGUUGCUAAAGAGUAACAGGGAAGGUCAUGCACCAGCUGUUUGGCGAAGUGCUUCACACGCAGAUCAUGUUAAGCCAAUGUUUGCAAUUGUAUGUUGGCCCUUAAUGGCUACUCUUAGUCUUGUUUUCGAAGACGCUUAUACCAGUGGAAAUUUUAAAGCAGCAGAGUUUAUACAAGCUAGCCAAGAAUCAGUUGAGCUUUGUCUUGAAGGAUUUCUUGGUGCUAUUAGAAUUAGUAGUAUUUUCAGAAUGGAUGUCGAAAGAGAUGCCUUCGUGUCUUCAUUAGCUAAGUUAACGGGUUUAAAUCAUGUCGAUGAAAUGAGGUCGAAGAAUGUAGCAGCGAUAAAGACAUUACUCACCGCUGCUAAUUCUUAUGGAGAAGGUUUACAAUCCUCUUGGCUUAUUGUUCUAAAGACAGUAUCUACAAUGGAACGUUAUCAGCUUAUUGAUAGUUCAACGGGAUCUGUUAUUUACACUGCAGAAGGUGUAAGUGGAUUGGAUUAUUCUUCUCAAAAUAAUAAAAAUUCUGUGCCAUCUUCUACAAGUUUUACAGGUCCUUCAAGUACUUCAUCGUCUACGACAUCUGCUCCACAUCGUCAGAGUGUUAAUAGAACGCGUCGUAGUUCUCUAGGGGGUGUUAUGAAAGAAUUUCAAUCACAAAGUACUAUAAUUGCUAUUGAUCGAAUUUUUACAAAUAGCGUCAAAUUAAGUGGUGAUGCAAUUGUUCACUUUUUCAAUGCAUUAUGCUCGGUUUCUCUUGAAGAAGUAAAUUCUUCAAGGACGUCACCGAGAAUGUAUAGUUUACAGCGUAUUGUCGAAAUUGCAUAUUAUAAUAUGUCAAGAAUUCGGUUUGAAUGGACACAAAUUUGGAAAAUUCUCCAACCUCAUUUCAAUACUGUUGGGUGCCAUCCUAAUAACAUCGUCGCUAUUUUUGCUAUUGAUUCUCUUCGACAAUUAAGUAUGAAAUUUUUGGAAAGAGAUGAAUUGUCCCAUUAUAACACUCAAAGCGAAUUUAUGAAACCUUUUGAGCACAUAAUUAAAAAUAAUCCUUCACCCAAUAUUCAUGAUCUUAUUAUACAAUCAUUUAUUCAAAUGAUUUCUGCUCGUGCAAAAAACAUUAAAUCUGGUUGGAAGAGCAUAUUUGUUGUUUUCGGUCGUGCUGCAUCUGAUGAAAACCCUCAAUUAGUAGAGAAUACUUUUGGUGUUGCUAGACUAGUCUAUCAAAAGCAUUUAGAUCUUAUAGGAACAGCGUUUGUUGAUUUUGUGAAUUGUGUUGUGGAAUUUGCCUUUAAUGCAAAGGAAGAGGAACUUGUUAAUGAGGCGAUAAGAAUGUUACAAGGAUGCGUUAAAGUUUUAGUAAAGGAUGUUGAUAAUACGUCUGAAAAAACUGAAAAUAAACAGAAUGUUAUGAUGGUUAUACCAUCAAUUUCAGAACAAUCUACGCUUCAAAAAAAGAAAUUACAACAUAUUGAAGAAGAGCAAUUCUUUUUGAAAUGGUUUCCUGUUGUUUCAGGACUGUCUCGCUUAGUUAUAGAUUCUGAAUCUCAAACUGUUCGAAACAGAGCAUUAGAAGCUCUUUUCGAUAUAUUAAAAUCUACAGGACAUUUGUUCGAAAUAAAUUAUUGGAUAAAGAUUUUUAGAAAUGCUAUAAUGCCUAUAUUUGAAGACCUUAAAGAGCCAACUCCGUCACAACAAACGUCUUCAGCGGUAGAUUUUAAAAGACGUGAAUCUACAGCAGAAGUUUGGAUUCAAACAAUAAGGUUGAUGGUAGACCUUUAUGCUCGGUUUCAUGAAAUAUUUGUUACAAAUCAUGAAUUCCUAAUAGAACUAUUAGAUUUACUCGUGGCACUUCUUAAACGUAGAAAUGAAAAAUUAGGACAGACAGGUAUUCGAUGUUUCCACAAUUUAAUUGCCAGAAAUGGAAUUCGUUUUGAUGGAGUAACAUGGGGAAUAGUAACUACCACGCUUGAAGAAAUUUUCAAAUGGACCACACCAAAAGAACUUUUGGAAGUUGAUACAGUUGCAUCUACUGAAAUUGGGGAUAAUAACAAGGACGAGAUAAUUAGUGCCAAAUUAAGUCAUAUAGAGAACGGCAAUCAUGUUCCAAAUGGUUCUUCCUAUGAAUCGGAAAGAGACUCUGUAGAUUCCAUCACAGUUGAAGAUCCAUCUCUUUCCCCAUAUUCAACUUCUCAGGUAACAGCUAUAACUACAAAGGUCGAUAUUGAUUUUCCUCAUGCAAUUAUUAAAUGUGCAGCACAACUUAUUGCCAUUCAAUCAGUUCAAGAUCUUGCUCUUAACGAUACAGCAAUGGCAUGGUCAAAAGAACAGGUUCAUUAUCUUGCACAAAUGCCAGCUGAAUAUCGAAAUCGAUGGUUGAGAUGCCUCUAUGUCUCUUAUAAAUUUGCACAUAAUUUCAAUGCAAAUCACGACCUUCGACAUGCAUUAUGGAGAGCAGGAUAUGUUCAGCAAAUGCCCAAUCUUACAAAACAAGAAACUUUAGCAUUAUCAGUAUUUCUUUCAAUUCUUUAUGAUUUAUACCGAACAUUUGGUGAUGCAGAUCAAGAUCUAUUGCCACCACUCGUAGAAGAAUCAACAAAAGUUCUUGAAAGAUUUAUCCGAUUAAUCAAUGAACCAGCGUCUAGUCAACAACAGCGAGAGAUGACCAGUUGGUCACCAUUGGUAAUAACUGUACUAAGAGAAUUAUGUAAAACGAAAUGGGAUGAUGGAAGACGAGAUAGUGAUACUGAUUUGUUUGAUGAUGAUGCUGGCGAAAUACAUGAUUCAAAAACUACAAGAUUAGUUGGAUUAAGAAAACAAAUACCAGACUUUUAUCGGUUAGCAAUUAAGAUAAUUGGUGUGGAUAAAUCAGAUGUUAGAGUUGCGUUACAAGAGUUUUUAGAAAAAAUCGGAAAUGAAUUUUUAAAUGUUGACAAAUGGGAUAAUUAA